UGAAUUUUAAAACAAUUAUCUCGUCUUCUUUUUUGUCGCAACUGUUAGAGCCGUCGAUCGGAAAAUUUCAAUUUACGAAAUUAGAACCACACCCAGAAAGCUCACUUGGCACUCUCCACUCUCUCUCUGGAGGUUCAUAAGUGAAGAAUUUAACAUCCCAGCAUUUCCCUCUUGUUAAAGUGGGAUUUGUCAAAUAAAUUCCAAAUGGGUCAGAUCCAGUACUCGGAUAAGUAUUUUGAUGAUACCUAUGAGUACAGGCACGUGGUUCUUCCGCCUGAAGUUGCUAAAUUGCUUCCAAAGAAUCGCCUCCUCUCUGAAAAUGAAUGGCGUGCAAUUGGGGUUCAGCAGAGGCGAGGGUGGGUUCAUUAUGCUAUUCACCGCCCAGAACCUCACAUCUUGCUCUUCAGGAGGCCACUAAACUAUCAGCAGCAGCAGGAAAACCAGGCUGGGCAAAACAUAGUUGCCAAGGGAUGAUUCCUUGCUUCAGUUUUCCACCUUUCUGACGUCUGAUUACAUAUUGUUACUCUCAUUUCUGCUAGAAAUGAACCCCGUCUAUGAUAAAUACUCUGUGAAGAAAUUUGUGCACUGGGUGAAUGUCAGAAGUGUUUAGUGCUGUGAUGUGGAGAAUUCAAUGUCAAAACUUCUGUUUCAAAGACUUUGAUGUCAAACUGUUACCUGAAAUGCAUUAGUAAAAUUUCAGAUUUGCUGUUAAACUCUUGUUCUGUUUACUGGUGUUUGAGGAUUCUCAA